AUGAUACCAACAAUAGUGCUAUCUCGAGGUGGAAUGGGUGGAGGCUUUGCCAGAGGUAUAAGUGGAGCUCGGAGUGCUGGCAGAGGAGGUGGAUUUCACACUAGCGGACGCUUUUUAGGAGGGUAGGAUAUCUUUGAUAAAAUAGCUAAUAAAAACAAUUUUAAAAAAUUAAAAUUUUUGUGAUUUUAGUGGGUACAGUAGUCGACAUUUGGGUGGAAGUUCAUACCCAUAUGUGAUUAUGACAUCUUCACAACGGCACACCGCUUUGUAAGUUUCUGAAUGUUAUAAUCAGAGUACCAAAAUUAUCUUUUAAACUUACAAUACGAUCUAUUUCUUUUAUAUUAUACUUCAGAAGAACUUGUGUAAAAGAAAAGAUAGCUGAAGAACGGAACGUCACUCUGAUGCUACACAACGCCAGGAAUCUGACAGAAUCUGAAGCCGAAACGAGUUGUGAAAAAGAACAACGUGAUCAACGAAAUAACGAAAUAUUAUUUUUGGUUCUAUUUUUAUCAUUGUUAUCACUCUUGUUUUUGCAUGAUCCAGUAAUGAGAUUGGUAGAGAAGUACGAUGCUUACCGUGCGGAACGGCGUAGAAACAAACAAGAUCAAGUGGCGGCACAACAAGUCGAUAAGUGGAAGAAGGUCACAGCGUUUAAACAGAUUCCAGCUGUAGAAGAAGAUCUGAAGAUGGGUAGUAUCAAGUCUGCAGGACCCAAAUCGACGCCUAUGUGCAAGGAGUAG